GGAUAGGGUGUCACACAAUCUGCUAACUUAAGCUAGAGGGAGGUAUGCCGGCGAUAAGGCCAUUGUUAAGAAUAUGCGCAUGGGUGAAAACCCUGUAGACAGUUUCGGAUGUGAAAGGGUGGGAGGUAAACUCUUACUCAGAGACCGUCAAAAGACAAUGGGCCCUAAUUAUUCACUAUGCCUCCUAACAUAGCGAUAUCCACUGUGUCGAUGGGAUGGCACGAAACGCACACCCUCGAGUGGAAGAUCCAGGCCGCCAAACAAGCGGGUUUCGAAGGCAUUGAGCUAUUCAUCGACGAUGUCGACGCAUUCUGCAGAAGGCAUGGCAUCUCUCGUGUCCAAGCGGGCAGCCGAAUCAGUCAGCUCUGUGCUAAUGCCGACCUGACAAUCUUGUGCGUCGGGUCAUUGGACAACUUCGAAGGGGAACCUACCCCACUACAAGACCGACUUCGGAUCGCUAUAGAGUGGCUGGAUAUGGCACAUGAGCUUCGUACGGAUGUCAUCCAGAUCCCCAGCAACGACAAUAAGAACGCCAUCGGCGACGAAUCGGUGAUUGUCUCCGACUUCCAAGCCUUGUCGGAUUUGGGUCUUAAGCGGCAACCUCCUAUCUCUUUCGCCUACGAGGCUCUCGGCUGGGGAACCCACGUCGCGGACUGGGAAGCGUCGCUGAGAAUCGUGCAGCUGGUAGGUCGUUCGAACUUUGGACUCUGUCUCGAUACCUACCAUAUCCUAUCGAGGUUGUGGGCGGAUCCCAGAGCGCACUCGGGUAUGAGGCCAGGCGGUCGCGCGGCGUUGCGUGAUUCCCUCCAGAGAUUCUUGGAACUUUGUCCCAAGGAUAAGAUUAUAUAUAUGCAGCUGAGUGAUGCGGAGCGGAUGUCACCGCCGAUAUUGCCUGGUCAUCCUGCGUACCAUGAAGAUAAGGAUGGCACGCAUUCAUGGUGCACCUACGGGAGAUUAUUUCCUUUUGAGGGCGAGCACGGUGCCUACCUGCCUAUGAAGGAGAUCAUGAGCGCAUGGCUUGAGGGGAGUGGGUACAGGGGCUGGGUCAGCAUGGAGGUCUUCCAUCGAAGUAUGAAGGAAAAGGAUCUAGGACCGGACUACUGGGCACAUCGCGGACGAGUGUCUUGGGACAAGGCGACCCAACGGGUACGGUCAAGAGGGUGAGGAUGGCGAAGAGGGCCAGUACGGCGAAGAAGAUCCCGAAGGUCAGUAUGGUCAGUAUGGCGAGGAAGAUCCGGAAGGUCAGUAUAGCCAAGGUGAAGAAGAACAUCAAAGCUAGGCACAGCCGGCCCAGCAGGAUCCCACUGCUGCCGCGGUCAACUAUUACUGAUCUUGUGCGGUAUCUUUUGCUUGUCAUGAUUUGUCUUUGUCUAGUGAUGAGCAU